GAGCGGACGGAGACGGCCGAGACCGCAUUUGCGACAGGAAAGGGGUAAUUAGGGUUCGUGCGGCUUCUCCAUGAUUCCGUUCCUUUGAUAUCCCUGCCGGUGUAUUCUCGCUUUGAUUUCUCGCUUCUUCUCCUCAUCUUAACUGUUGGGAUCUAGGGUUUCGUCUUGUUUUGAUCGGAGCAAUCAGGCGUCCUCAAGUAUGAUUCUGUCGUCUCCUUUUAUGCUCUCGUCGAUCGUUGGUCCGAUCUCCGCCCUCAACAAUAUCCGCGCGCUCGGCCCCGGUUUGAAUCCUUUCGCGCCCUUUGGCAUGGGAAACUACUCGGCCUCCCGCUAAAUCUUUUCUUCUUCUCGAUCGUUCUUGUUAGUAUGUAAAGCCUCGAUCUUGUUUUCUGGGUUGGACCUUUUGCUGCAUACUUUCUUUAGUGGACAAGACCUUGGUUUUCCUUUGAAAACGAGAGAGCUUAGUUUCCAGUAUUUGUCUGAUCGGAAAAAAAAGUUUGUGGGAAUAGAAUUGUGGUUUCCUUUUCUUGUCUUCGUGGUUGCUCAAUUCUAGGGCUCGUGAGAUAUGUCGCCUGAGCAGCAGGUAAAGACACGGAACUAUAUUUCAAGCAGGCGACUUUUUAAGCACCGGCUGAGGGAGAGGGAUGACAGGGGUUGGACCCUACUUCACAUCGGUGCCAGAAAGGGUGACUUGAAAGAGGUGAAGCGACUUUUGGAUGCAGGCAUGGAUGUCAAUGUGACUGCUUUGGGUUGCAAAGCUCUAGGUGUGACCCCUCUCCAUCUCGCUGCACAAGGUGGACACAUCAAUGUUAUGGAUGAGUUACUCGAACGCGGUGCAAAUAUUGAUGCUAGAACGAAGGGAGCAUGUGGCUGGACUCCUCUUCAUAUCGCAGCCAAGGAGAGAAACAAGCAGGCUAUCAAGUUCCUGAUUGAGAAUGGUGCAUUCUUGCCUCCAGACAUAAAUGACAACCGGUUCAAUCCACCCCUCCAUUACUGUCCAGGACUGGAAUGGGCGUACGAAAUCAAGCACAAGCAAGAAGAAUGGCUUUCUAGCAGUGGAACUUCCUACAGCUCUGAGAACUAGUGCAGGUUUCUGCAAAGCUCACUAGUAACGGCAAUAUCUUACACUGAUCAGCAUGACUAUAAAAAAAUGUGAACACUUUUUUAUAGUCCUAAACGAUCUAUCAUGUUGAAAUCUUGUAAGAUGACUGCAUGUAUUAGCUGAAGAUAUUGUAUCAGCUGCAAAACCUUUCUACAUAGUCUUAUAAAAGGUUUGCUGCCGCCCUUACUGAUUUUA